AUGUUUGCUCUGAUUCGUAAGAGCUCAUGUCCAAUCUCAAAUGGGAUUAGGGUUUUGGUCAACCCAAUUCCCCAAUUGCGAUUUCUUGAAUUCUGCGCACCCAAAUUUUCAUCGGCAGCUGAAAAAGAUGGAUUGCAGCACUCAUUUAUAGUGUCAUAUCUCGUCAAUUCGUGCUUCUUGACCUUGGAAUCUGCUAAAUCUCUGUCCAAGAAGGUACAUUUUGAGACCCCUAAAAAUCCAGACUCGGUCCUUAAUCUCCUGAAAAAAUAUGGGUUCACCAGUGACGACAUCGCUAAGAUUGUCAGGGCUCGCCCAGAAGUCCUGACAUAUGAUGCCAAGAAGACCCUUUUGCCUAAAAUUGAGUUUUUCCUUUCGAAACAUAUUUCAAGUUCUGAUCUUGCAAUGGUUUUUGUUAGAGGCCCAACUCUCUUCUGUUUGAGCUUAGAGAAGGUUAUCAUACCUUGUUAUGAUUUCCUCAAGAGUGUACUUGUGAAUGAUAAGAGGGUCUUCUCUUCUUUGAAGCGCUCCCCACGACUUGCUUCGUCUAAUGUGGAUAAAAUUUUGGCUCCAAAUGUGUCAGUAAUGAGAAAUAUUGGGUUGCCACAGUCUUCCAUCUCAAAGUUGCUAUCCCACAGCCCCAAUGUAUUCGUCCAAAAACCUGAAAAGUUUGACAAAGUUAUUAGAAAGGUUCUAAGCAUGGGAUUGAACCCUUUAAGCACUUCAUUUUGCGAUGCUAUUGAAAUAAUUCUUCAAUUGAGUGAAUCAACAUGGGAACACAAGAUGAAGUUAUAUAGGAGUUGGGGUUGGUCUGAUGACGAUAUUUGGGCUGCUUUUAAGAAGAAACCAAGAGUGAUGGCUUUCUCUGAUAAUAAAAUAUCAAAGACAAUGCAUUUCUUAGUGAACAUUAUGGGUUGGCAGUCUUCUAAUGUUGCCAAGUCUUCAUAUGUUUUAUACUACAGUUUGGAGAAGAGGAUCAUUCCUAGGUGUUCGGUACUUAAAUUUCUGGCACUGAAGGGCUUGAUAGGUGAAGAUGCCUCCCGUAUUCCUUACAUUUUCCAAUUAGUUGAGGAACAGUUCUUGGACAAGUAUGUGACUAAAUAUGAAAAACAGGUUCCACAAAUACUAAGUGUCUAUCAAGGAAAAGUUUGUCCUCAAGAAUUGGGUUUAAGAUAUGAGGAAGUGUAUUUUUGA